GAUGUCGCGUUUCAAUUCUGACAAGGGCACAGCGCCCUCGCGGCAGCCUCUGGGGCGCCUCGAAUCGCGCCGCGAGGAGGCCCGGCGGGCUCGCCCGCGCCAGGGCGCUUGCCGCGCGCAGGUGGUUUCGGUGAGCCCGGCCGCGCUCCAGGGCUUCGAGGCCUUCACCCUCCUCGGCUGCGCCGGCGGCGCCGCCGCCUUCGUGGCGCCCGGAUCCCCUCAGUCCGCGCCAGCGCUCCGCGCCACGGCGGCGCAGGCCGCCGCGCAGCCGGCGCCCGCGGCGUCGACGCCCUGGACGGCGGCCACCCUCGUGGGCGCAGGCGCCGGGCUGACGGCGGCGGCGGCGGGCAGGCGCGGAGUCGCCCGCAAGGCCAAGGGCGGCGCCUUCGACCCCUCCGUGCAGGUCGGCGCCACUGCGCCCCUCGGGUUCUGGGACCCUGCGGGCUUCUGCAGCGACGGCAAGGAGGAGACGUUUGACGACCUGCGCGGCAAGGA